AUGCUCGCGCCAGCGGGUGCGACACUGGCGAAACCCGCGGUCGCGACAGCAGGAGGAGCGGCGUCGCCUGCUGACGUGUCAAUAAAGGACGGGGUCACGGGGGUUUCGGACACCCUACUGGCAGCUGAUGGGUCCCGGUUUCUACGGCUGUCUUCCGCCUUUUCCACGUCGUCUAAUGGCGACGGCGCUUCUGGUAGCAGCAAUAGUAGUAGCGAUGGUACUACUCGCCCGUUUGGCGGCCCUGGCGUGGCGCAAGCGCUGUGCGAACUCAAACCUGCGGUGCCGACUAGCAAUGCGUCACGGCAGGCGCAGCAGCAGCAGCAGUCCCCGCGCCAGCUGUCGCUCUCGUUCUUUGCGCGCGCCAGCCUGUGCGCGGAGGGGGAAGGGGGCGCGGAAGGGGAGGCGGAGCGGCUGCUGAAGGUGCUGCUGCUGGCAGUUCCGCUGAACGCUUCCGCCGCAGCAGCAGCAGGGGAAGGGGGAGCAGCUGGAGGAGGGGCGGGGGAGCAGGUGUGGGGAGAGUGGCGGGUGGGUGUGCCGUGUGGGGCGAGCAGCGCGAUGGCAGCGGCAGCAGGGGAGGGUGUGGGGGGAUCACGGGUUGCAGCAGCGCGGACAGUGCAAGCAGCUGGUGCGGAAUCGGAAUCCCUCACUGCGGCAGCGGCAGGGGAGGGUGUGGGAGCAAGGCCGGGAGCAGCCGCGUUCACUGUUGCUGCGAGUACGGGAGGGGGAGCAGGAGCGGGAGCGAAGGUGGGAGUGAAGAGAGAGGGAGUGGCGUUGGAAGCGGGGACCACUGCCAUCGACCUUGCAUCUGUCAUGCCCACUCGCACCAACCCCUCCCCUCUCAAGUCCUUCACCCACUGGCCGCUCUCCAGCUCUCACCCGCUCCUCACAGCCGGCUCAGCGCGCCGCAACCGCUCCUCCCUCUCCCUCACCACACUCUCCGACCUCAACUCUGCUGCUCUUGCUCUUCACCCCGCCCCCUUCGCCCUGCUCGACCCCGCCACGCCCUCCUCCCCCUGCCGCCCCUUCUCCUUCUCCACCUCCUUCACCUUCCGCAUCUCCCCCAACGCCGCCGGGCUGGGCGGCGAGGGCUUGGCGUUUGUGAUGCUGCCGUCUCCCACGCUUGGCCUUCCGGGGCCGUCCCUGGGCUACGGCCGCCUGCUGCUGCCCCCGGGGAGUACAAUUGGUGCUGAUGAUUCCGGCUCCAUUGGUGCAGUGUCAUCUCAGCAGAGGAGCCUGGCAGUGGAGUUUGACACAUCCUCUUCCCCUGAAUUCUUCGACCGGUCCGACCACCACGUGGGGGUGAACCUGCACGGCAGCAUGCUCUCUCUCACCUCUGCCCCCGUGCACCCCCUCGGCAUUCCGUCCCUCAACGCCGGUCAAACCCUCUUCGCCAUCAUCCACUACAACGCCUCCUCCUCCCUCCUCACCUGGCUGGGGGGGAACGACCCGGUGGCAGCAGCGCCCCCCCCGCUGCUGUUUGUGGGAUUCACAGCGGCCACGGGCAAGGGGGCGGAGCAGGCUCAGGCGCACGAGGUGCUGGGGUGGACGUUCCAAGUCGAAGAGGCAGCGGAGGAUCCGCUUCCGUUUUGGGCGGUAGACUCGUUCUCCUUCCCCUACAUCACGCCAGCCACUCCCCUGCUGACACGUGGCAGCACACGGAAGCGUUUCUUCGCUGCUGACCUUUCCGUUGCUUCUGCUGACGCACCUGCCCAGUGGGACCCAUCUAGCCCCGUGCCUCACACCCUCUCUCUCCUCACCUCACCCUCUGCCUGCCUCACACCCUUCAUCCCUCCCCAUCAGACACCGACCCCUGCAAGGCCUCUCCAGUGCUCCCCUGUGGCACGGGUGCAUGCACCAAGGCACCUGCCCAGUGGGACCCGUCUAUCCUCGUGCCUCACACCCUCGCUCUCUUCACUCCCCCCCUGCCGCAGACCCUUUUUCCUCACGUUCCUUUGCUCUCCAUAUCCCCCCUCCCCAUCAGACACCGACCCCUGCAAGGGUUCUCCAGUGCUCCCCUGUGGCAUGGGUGCAUGCACCAAGGCACCUGCCCCGUGGGACCCGUCUGUCCUCCUGCCCUCCUGCAAGUGCCCUUUCAAUCUCCCCUCCUUCCAACCUUCUCAUCUUACCGGCCUGCCCUCCUGCUUCCCUGGUGAGACGUGGAGUGGGGUAGGCAAGGUGUGGAGUGCGGUAGGCAAGGUGUGGAGUGCGGUAGGCAAGGUGUGGAGUGCGGUCGGCAAAAGGUGGAGUGGGGUUGGCAAGAGGUGGAGUGUGGUAGGUGAGACGUGGAGUGCGGUAGGCAAGAGGUGGAGUGUGGUAGGUGGAGUGUGUAUCCCCUUUUAUCCUCUCCUCUCCUUUCUCUCCCACCACCUUUUCCCUCUCCGGCUCAUCCCCUUCCUCCUCAUUUCCGCUUGCUCCUCCUUUCUCAACCCAUGUGCCCCUGGGGUGUGCAUUGACGUUGUGCUGGUGUGCUGUUCACUCACUCCUGUUCUCUUCCCACUCCCCCCAUUCUCGUCCCCACCCCACCCCUCUCUCCCUCUCUUAACCAGAUUCCUUCACGUGUCUCCAGCUCCCCGCCAACCCAUGUGCCCCGGGGAGGCCUACACGUGUCGCCAGCUCGCCAGCAACCCAUGUGCCCCGGGGGUGUGCAUUGACGACAUAGACGGCACCUACUCCUGCCUCUGCCCCUCGCCCUACUUCCCCUUCUAUUUCUACCCCAAAGUCUCUGCCCGCUGUUACCAGUUGCAAUUGAUCGAGGUUCGAAUGCCCACCUUCCUGUCUCCAUACGGCCUCACAUGCCCUCUCAUCCUCAACACCUAUGGGCUCACCCAAGCGGACUUCUUCAGCCAAAACAAGGGGUUCCAGCGCAGAGCGCCCAUCCCUGUAGACACUCUGGUUAACAUCACCAGCCGGGCUUUCUCCCAAUGCACUGCCAUGUACACUGCUAAUUAUGGUGACACGUGUGAUUCACUCAAUGCCCUCUUCUCCACGCAGAUACAGCCGCUCAACCCCGCGCUCAGCUGCUCUGACGGGCCCAGGCCCAGCCAGCUCCUAUGUGUGGACUUCAACCAAACGUGGCUAGAACAGGGAAAAACCCGCGUACCAUGCGACCUCUUAGCCCAAAUCACCCCAACAGCAACCGGAGCCACACCCAGCCCUCCACCACCUCCUCCUCUAGCCAAUUACACGAGUGACGGAGCGCUGGUGACUGUGGUGCAGGGCCCGCAGAGCUGCCAGCAGCUGUGGCGGGCGUUUGCCAUCGCUUCCCCCACGCGCUUCUUCCAGAUGAAUCCCGGCCUCUCGUGCGACUCUCUGCUGCCGCACAGCCCCCUGCAGGGGAAUAUGAUGAGGAAGGUUUGUGUUGCUGCUACCGACUCUCGACCGAGGGGCGGCAGGAGGAAGGGGAUUCGGGAAGACACGGGGCGGGCGGGGGGUAUGGUGAUUGGCAUGGUCAGGGCGGAGUUGGGCAGGCAGGGCACUGGACAGGGCAGGGAGGAGUGGGGACAGGCAAGUGGGGACUUGGGCAAUGGGCAGGGAGGGAGCGGCAGCAAGAGGAACGCGAUUUGGGAAGAGACAGGGGGGCCAUGCAACCCAGCGCACCUUGCUCAUCAUGUUGCCCUGCAGGGGGCUGUGUGGAAGCAGCGAGUUGCAGGAGACGCCGGGAUUCAUCUGGAAGAAGCGCGUGGGGGAGGAGAUGGCAAACGCCCGCCACAGCUGCUGGCAGCUCUGCGGGCCCUGCAGCACAGUCACUAA